ACCGUUAUUGUUUAUAACGUUGUAGUGUCGGAGAAGACGGUCCUCUGUCGUGAUACGUCCCGAUAAUUCGAAAUUUAAAAAUUAAAAUGUUUUAUUAAAAUUAAUUUUGAAUUUCUUUAACUAGCACUUUUUUUAAUUAUAAGUGUGUUAUUUUUUUAAGUUUAAAAAGUGUUUUAAACCAGUGAUAAUGUUGGGAAAACAUUCAAAAUUAUUUUUCUUUAUUUCUUUCUGUGCUCUCAUUGUUGCUAUUGUAUUAGCUUCGUGGGGCUUCCCGAAAAUCGUUAAGCGGCAAGUUCAAAAGAAUGUUCAAAUCGAAAAUUCCUCGAAGAUGUUUGAGAAAUGGCGAAAGCUGCCGAUGCCUCUCACAUUUAAGGUCUAUGUUUUUAACAUUAGCAAUCCAGAAGAGGUUAGCGAAGGAGAAAAACCUCGUUUACAAGAAAUCGGACCUUAUGUUUACAAAGAAUAUCGAGAGAAGACAGUUCUGGGUUACGGCGAAAAUGACACAAUCAAGUACACGCUUAAGAAAUCAUUUGUGUUCGACGCUCAGGCGUCUGGCACUCUGAGCGAACAUGACGAGCUCACUGUUAUCAACCUUACUUAUAUGGCUGUAAUAUUAACAGUGAAUGGUAUGAUGCCAGCUAUAUUGGGAUCUGUCAACAAAGCAUUGGAAAUAUUCUUCGGUAAUAAUCUAACGGAUCCGUUUAUGCGAGUAAAAGUAAAGGAUUUAUUAUUCGAUGGUAUCUUCCUCAACUGUGAAGCCGAUAAUUCCGCUUUAAGUCUGGUGUGUGGAACAUUGCGCGCCAAACGGCCAACUACAAUGAGACUCGCGGACGAUGGCAAAGGAUAUUAUUUCUCAAUGUUUGGACAUUGGAACAAUACCCCGCUGGGUCCAUUCGAUAUGGUCCGUGGUACAGAAAACGUGUACGAAUUGGGUCACAUAGUCGGGUACAAGGACAGACGCACUAUGAAGGAAUGGGGCGACCCUUUCUGUGGCAUGAUCAACGGAUCCGAUUCAUCGAUCUUCCCACCGAUCGACGAAAACAACGUACCUCAAAAACUUUACACUUAUGAUCCUGAUAUUUGUAGAUCUUUGUCAGUGGACCUGAUGGGCAAGCGGUCGAUAUUCAACAUGAGCGCGUACUACUACGAGCUGACUGAAACAGCGCUCGCCUCAAAGAGUGUUAAUCCUUCAAACAAAUGCUUCUGUAGAAAGAACUGGAGUGGCAGCCACGACGGUUGCCUCCUGAUGGGCGUGCUGAACCUGAUGCCGUGCCAGGGCGCGCCCGCCCUCAUCUCGCUGCCGCACUUCUACCUCGCCUCGGAAGAAGUCCGGGAGUACAUCUACUACGGACUCUCCCCGGACAAGGAGAAGCACAAGAGCUUUAUAUACUUAGACCCGGUGACAGGUGUGGUGAUGAAGGGAGCGCAGCGCAUUCAGUUCAACAUAGAGUUACGCAACAUGGCCAAUCUCCCGCAGCUGGCUAAAGUGCGCACAGGAAUAUUCCCUCUGCUCUGGUUCGAUGAGGGUGCGGAAAUAACUGAAUCUAUUCAAGAGGAGCUGAGACACUCGCAUACAUUGCUGGGGUACGUGGAGACUGUCAGGUGGACUAUACUGGUGAUAGCUUUUGCUGCAGCUCUCAUCUCCGGCGUCGCGCUGGCUCGCUCCGGCGCUGUGCCACACUGUCGCAGGAAUAACAGCAUCAACUUCAUCACACGACCUUCUAAACCUACCUCACUCAGCAAACAUUGAUAUUUAAUUAUGUCUAGAAGAGAUAAAAGAU